AUGACUUCCACAUCUGUUUUCGUUUCCGGCGCCAACGGUUACGUUGCCCAACACGUUGUCAAGCAAUUGUUAGCCAAGGGUUAUUCCGUCGUCGGUUCAGUUAGGUCAGUAGCCAAGGGUGAUCAAUUGAAAGCUACCAUCAACAAUGACAAAUUCACUUAUGAAAUUGUUCCCUCUCUUACUGACAAAGAAGCUUUUGGUGAAGCUCUUAAGAAACAUCCAGAAGUUACUGUUUUCUUACAUACUGCUUCCCCAGUCAAUUUUUCACCUGAAGAUAUUGAAAAUGAUACAAUUAAGCCAGCCAUUGAAGGUACUGUCAAUGCUCUUAAUGCAAUUAAAGAACACGGUCCUCAAAUUAAGAGAGUUGUUAUUACUUCCUCCGGUGUCACCAUGUGGGGGUUUGGACCAUAUUUUGAUGAAAGCAAGGUCUACAAUGAAGAUGACUGGAACCCAAUCACUUAUGAAGAAGGUUUAUCCAACGCCUGGUUCGGUUACUUUGCUUCCAAGAAAUAUGCUGAAUUGGCUGCUAAUGAUUUCGUUGCUAAGGAAAAGCCAAAUUUUGACCUUUCAAUAGUUCACCCUACCUUCGUCUUCGGUCCACAAGCUUAUGGCAUCCAGGAUAAGUCUAGCUUGAACCACUCAAGUGAACUUAUCAACAGUGUCGUCAAGUUAGGUAAAGAUGAUAAGAUUCCAGAAGAAGGAAGUGUUUUCAUUGAUGUCAGAGAUGUCGCUCGUGCACACUUGGUUGCAUUCGAAAGCGAUGCAGCCAUCGGACAAAGAUUAUUGCUUGGAGCUGAAGACUGGACCAAAGAUUUAAUUGCUGAUAUUAUUAACAGGCAACUGCUGAAAUUAAAAAGACUAUUCACAAGUAUGACAACUCAAGAACUAGAAAAAUUCUUGGGUUUGAUUUCAAAUCCCUUGAAGAUUCUAUCUAUGAUACUGUUGAACAAUUCUAUAAUGCUUAAAUAG